AUGACGAGGUUUAAGCCUGAAUGCGUUAGUAAGCACUGCUUUAAAUGGAUUUCUAUGCACUGUCCACAUAAGCGGGCGAAUUUAUGUAAAGAAGAUCGAAGGCACCACAUAUGCGCUGCAAAAUGCGGAACUGCUGAAAGGAAUUACCAGCCAUGUACAAGCAAAGUGAUUGCUAAUAAACUAUUCAAGUCCUGCUGUGAUCUAUACGUACCAGAUGAGUGUCACUUCAUGUGUACAUAUGAAACAGAACAGACUAAAACAAAGAAGAUGCUGAUCGAUUUGGUGAAGCAAAAGCGGUGUAGUAUUCGUUAUCUAUCAUCAAUUUUGUACUGCGCCAGUCAGAACAGAGACAAUCGCAAAUGUUGUGCCGACCUCGACUUGAACGCCCCACAGCUCCAGAUAUGUCAAGUUGGUUCCAGAUGUCUGAGAAUGUGCGACCCCUCUGGGACUGCCAUUGAAGGAAUUGCAAAACAAGAUGUGACAUGCCUAUAUAACUGGAAUGUUAUCAUGUUCUGUCAUCAUGCGGGAAUUCGAGAAAUGUAG